GUGACGUCAGGAAAGGACUUGGCCGCGGUGCAGAGGACUCUCAUGGCUCUUGGCAGCAUCGCCGUUACUAAAGAUGAGGGCAGCUUCCGUGGAGAUCCCAGCUGGUUCUUCAAGAAAGCUCAGGAGAACCGGAGAGAUUUCUCUGAUGACCAGCUGAAAGAAGGGAAGAGUGUCAUAGGUCUGCAGAUGGGGUCCAAUAAAGGGGCGACCCAGUCCGGCAUGACAAGCUACGGCAGACCUCGACAGAUCAUGAACCCAUGA